UGAUUCCUUUUCCACCACCCACUCUGUACUUGGAACCUCAUAUUUCCACCCGGUGGUGAGCGACAUCAGUAUCGAUUGUUGGUUCGUAUUUUGGUGCACUUUUAUUGAUCAAACGAAAAGUUUUAAAAAUGGGCAUCACCAAGGAAAGUUUAUCCGACAUUCGAGAGGAUUUCGAAAAGGCGCAUAAGAAGAUCGACGAGGACAGCAAGAAUGAUCCACCGACAGAGCCGUUCCGCUCGCAUUACGCUGCUCGUGACAUUCUGCAGAAUGUGCUGCGAAAGUUGAAGAACCUACGGGAAAGUCUGGAUCAGGGUUCUGAUGCCGAGCUGACCGUAAGAUGCAUACUGGCGAAUGUUUUGAAAGACGUAGGUCGGAUUUCGAUAUUUACGGAAGAGCUCAGCAACGGAGAGUUGGCGUUGAAAGAAGCGCUGGAACUGGUGCACGAGGAUAAAGAGAGCGCUUCCGGGGUCAAUGCAGCAAUUGAAGUGUUCAAUCAGCUCGGAAUAUUGUAUUGCAAUCGUGGAAACUUCGAGGACUCGAAAGCAGUCCUAGAUCAAGCAACAGAAUGUUAUAAAUCCGUAAGAGAUAAAGAGGAAUUUGAACCACUGACAAUUUCAGACUUGUUUGGAACAAAGGAUGAAAUUGAGAAAGGUAAAGGGAUGUUACUGUUGGAGAAGAACCACACCUUAACAUUGUACUACUUGGCCCAGGUGUACGGUUAUUUGGAAGACUUGGUCAAGUCAGCCCACUUUUGCCAUAUGACGCUGAAGCGGCAGCUGGAUUACAACGAUUAUGAGCACGUCGAUUGGGCACUGAAUGCGGCCACUCUUUCUCAAUACUAUUUUCCGAAGAACUAUUUAAGCCAAUCUAGACAUCUUCUAGCGGCAGCUUCCUACAUGCUGGAUCGCUUUGAAGAGGAAGUGAUUCCCAAGGAAACAAACCCAACUGCAAAGACUGAAAAGAUCGAAACUCACAAACACCGAUCGGCGGAUGUUGCCCGGUGCUGGGCCAAGUAUGCAAUCCAUAUCUUGGCCACCAGCAAGGAAAGACUAUGUGAGGAUGAUGCGGAAGAAGGUGCUGAAUUUCCAAAGUCGAGUACCCUUAGCCCAGUUAAGGAAAUUGAUCGGUUUAUCGGUCUCCAAGGGUUGUCGGUUUAUGAGGAUCAGAUAACGGACGAGUUUUGUUUGACGCUUGAAGAUGCCAAGUUGGUUUUGCUGAACGGCUUAAGCUGGCUCAACAAAGCUAAGGAGUACUACACAAAAGAAACGGAAGCAUCGCAGUACGCGAAGAUAAUGCAGGACAUUGCAUCGUUGUACAAACAUUUGGCAUUUUUCGAUGAUAACGACGAUAACCAAUGCAAACUGUACAAAAGAUGCGUGGAUCAAUUGGAGGAGCUCGAUGAGGUGUUGAACGCCACGUACUAUCAAACAAUUUGCAGAGAAAUAUGGUACGAACUUGGCUUGACGUACUCAAAAAUGUUGGACUUAAAGCUGAGCAAACUGGAAGCCCUAACGGCCAACGAACGACCUUCGCCGCAUGCUUUGAACAAAAUUAACAAACUUUGCGAGAAAAGCAUCGCCAAGUUUCAGAAAUUCCUCGAGUCCUACAAAGUUCCGCUCGAUACGCUGGAGAUUCCGGAAGGAAUCGACGAGGCGGAACUGCAACCGGUCUUUUUCGCCUUCUUUCACAUCGGCCGGUUGUACUACAAAGUGAUCACCCCGGACAAGAAGAUGCAGCUCGCCAACGUGCAGAACAGCUUCCGUUACUAUCACCACUUUGUGAAGAACUGCGAGCAGGUCGAGUCCGUCGGGGCGCACUUCAAGGCCGAGAUGGGCGUCUGCAAGGAGAUGAACGCACUGCUGCCGCUGAAAAUUAAGAAACUGAAGAACGAAUUGAACGAAUGAAGGCAUUUGGGGUGUGAUAUGAAUGAAUAAAGCCGUUGCUCGUUUAACGAGACAUGA